GCAGGCAGAUGUCUCCUUAGCCUAACUGCAAUUGGUUCAGAGUAAGCCAGAAAUAUCAGGAGGCGGAGAAAGUCUUGGGAACGACUUCUGUUCCCCAGGGUAGUAGUGGAAGGAAACUUCAACCGCAGCUGCGGGGCCACCGGAGAGAGCUGGUGAGGAAGGAAGGACAGAGUUACCGGGGAUGUGGAACCCGCUGCAGGACACCGGCUCCACGGUGGCCGCCGGAAGCCGCCAGCGCUGGAUCUGCGCGGGGGCACUGGUGCUGGCUUUCUCCGGAACCUUCAUCAUUGGCUUCGUCUUCGGGUGGUUCAUAAAAUCCUCCAGUGAAACUACUAAUAAUGUUCCCUAUCCUGGCAUGAAGAAGGCAUUUUUGCAUGAAUUGAAGGCUGAGAACAUCAAGACAUUUUUAUAUAAUUUUACACGGACACCACACUUGGCAGGAACAGAACAAAAUUUUGAGCUUACAAAGCAAAUUCAGGCCCAGUGGAAAGAAUUUGGCCUGGAUUCGGUUGAGUUAAGCCAUUAUGAUGUCCUGUUGUCCUACCCAAACAAGACACUUUCCAACUACAUCUCAAUAAUUGAUGAAGAUGGAAAUGAGGUUUUCAAUACAUCAUUAGCUGAACUGCCACCUCCAGGAUAUGAGAACAUCAAAGAUGUAGUGCCACCUUUCAAUGCCUUCUCACCACAAGGGACACCAGAGGGAGAUCUAGUGUAUGUUAACUACGCACGAACUGAAGAUUUCUUUAAACUGGAGCGGGACAUGAAGAUCAAUUGUUCUGGAAAGAUUGUGAUUGCCAGAUAUGGGAAAGUGUUCAGAGGAAAUAAGGUUAAAAAUGCUCAACUUGCAGGAGCAAAAGGAGUCAUUCUGUACUCAGACCCUGCCGACUACUUUGUUCCUGGGGUGAAGUCCUAUCCGGAUGGCUGGAACCUUCCUGGAGGGGGUGUUCAGCGCGGGAAUGUCUUAAAUCUUAAUGGUGCGGGUGACCCCCUCACACCAGGUUACCCAGCAAAUGAAUACGCUUAUAGGCACGAAUUGGCAGAAGCUGUUGGCCUUCCACGAAUUCCUGUCCAUCCAAUUGGAUACGAUGAUGCACAGAAACUCCUCGAACACAUGGGUGGAUUAGCCCCCCCUGACAGCAGCUGGAAAGGAGGUCUCAAUGUACCUUACAACGUGGGACCUGGCUUUGCUGGAAACUUUUCAACACGAAAAGUCAAGCUGCACAUCCAUACCUACAGUAAAGUGACAAGAAUCUAUAAUGUGAUUGGUAGCCUCAAAGGAGCUGUGGAGCCAGACAGAUACGUCAUUCUUGGUGGUCACCGAGAUGCCUGGGUGUUUGGCGGCAUUGACCCUCAGAGCGGAGCAGCUGUUGUUCAUGAGAUUGUGAGGAGCUUUGGAACCCUGAAAAAGAAAGGAUGGAGGCCUAGAAGAACGAUUUUGUUUGCAAGCUGGGAUGCAGAAGAAUAUGGCCUUCUUGGAUCUACAGAGUGGGCAGAGGAGCAUUCCAGAGUCCUCCAAGAACGCGGGGUGGCUUAUAUUAAUGCUGAUUCUUCCAUAGAAGGAAACUACACUCUGAGAGUUGAUUGCACACCACUGAUGCACAGCUUAGUGUACAACCUAACCAAAGAGCUACAAAGCCCUGAUGAAGGUUUUGAAGGCAAAUCUCUUUAUGACAGUUGGAAAGAAAAGAGUCCUUCACCCGACUUCAUCGGAAUGCCCAGGAUUAACAAACUUGGCUCUGGCAAUGACUUUGAAGUGUUUUUUCAAAGACUCGGAAUUGCUUCGGGCAGAGCCCGAUAUACUAAAAAUUGGAAAACCAACAAAGUCAGCAGCUAUCCACUCUACCACAGCACCUAUGAAACAUAUGAGUUGGUAGAAAAAUUUUAUGAUCCAACAUUUAAAUAUCACCUCACUGUGGCCCAGGUUCGAGGAGGGAUGGUAUUUGAAUUGGCCAACUCUAUAGUGCUUCCUUUUGACUGUCAAGGUUAUGCUCUAGCUCUGAAAAGGCAUGCUGAAAACAUCUACAACAUUUCAAUGAAACAUCCACAAGAGAUGAAGGAGUAUAUGGUAUCAUUUGAUUCACUGUUUUCUGCAGUAAAUAAUUUUACAGAGAUUGCAUCUAAGUUCAAUCAGAGACUUCAAGACUUUGACAAAAGCAACCCCAUAUUACUGAGAAUUAUGAAUGACCAGCUGAUGUAUCUUGAACGUGCGUUCAUUGAUCCUUUAGGAUUACCAGGCAGACCUUUCUACAGGCAUAUCAUCUAUGCACCAAGCAGCCACAACAAGUAUGCAGGAGAGUCAUUUCCAGGGAUUUAUGAUGCUCUUUUUGAUAUUAAUAGCAAAGUGGACCAUUCUAAGGCCUGGGGUGAAGUGAAGAGACAGAUUUCUAUUGCAGCCUUCACAGUACAAGCUGCAGCGGGGACUCUGAGAGAAGUAGCCUAAGGGUACUUUACAGAAUCCAUAUGUAGUAUGUGUGAUGUGAUGGGAAGGACCUAUAAAUACAAAAUAUAUGUUUGAGCUUUCAUGAUUAUGUGUAAUAUAUGUAUAUAUGAGUAUACACACAUACAUAUAUAUUUGUUUAUUUUUCCUUGUGGAUAAAAAAGAGAAAAGUGGAUUAAUUUCUGUUUUAUAAUUUCAGGAAAUUUCUAUUUUAUAAUCUCAGAAUGUAUUUCUAAAAUUUAAAGUUCAAUUAAAUAUUAAACCUAA